GCAAAGUCUCAUGGAAAUCGUAAGCUGAAAGAAAUACCGCAACCAAAAGUGCUCAAGAAAGAUCCUGGAGUCUUUAAAUUUCCCCUUGCUCAUCAAAACACUCCCAAAAACUUCGAUGUUACACCCACGGAUUUCGACGAUUCCUCCAACAGCACGGUGAACGAGGGUGAUGGCCUUGCUCAUCCCAUCGAUGCUUCCCUCGGCCGAGUCGAUAAUUCACUCAAAGCAUACAUGCGCGAAUUCAGAAAAGUUCUGGAGUUAUCAGAUGUUAUAAUUCAAGUUCUUGAUGCGCGAGACCCUUUGGGUUCAAGGAGCAAAGUGGUGGAGACGGCAGUUCGCAUGAAGGCCGGUGAGGGUAAAAGACUGAUUUUGGUUAUAAACAAGAUCGAUCUCGUGCCUCGCGAAAAUGUGGAGGCUUGGCUGAAAUACCUGCGACACGACUUCCCUACAGUUGCAUUCAAGUGUUCCACGCAAGAACAACGAGCCAACCUUGCGCAAAGAGGAGGCGGAGUGAACUCGAUCCAACAUUCUUCAUCAGAGUGUCUCGGUGCUGAAUCGCUGAUCCAAUUGCUCAAGAACUAUUCCCGCUCUUCCAACUUGAAAACCUCUGUCACAGUUGGCAUAGUUGGCUUUCCCAACGUCGGAAAGUCAUCUGUCAUCAACUCUCUGAAACGCUCUCGUGUUUGUGGGGUCGCUGCAACUCCUGGUCAUACUAAGGUUGCGCAGGAGGUUGUAUUGGACAAGAAUGUCAAACUACUUGACUGCCCAGGGAUAGUUUUUGCCACGGGUAUUGACUUGCGCGAUGGAGAGUCGAAGGAGGCUAACGUCAGAAAUGAGGCGGAGAUCCUGCUAAGGAACGUUGUAAAGGUGGAGCUGGUGGAAGAUCCUAUCACCCCAGUGGGUGUCAUUGUCUCUCGCUGUAAACACGACUAUCUUCGAGAACUCUAUCAAAUCCCUGCCUAUAAGGACUCCAAUGAGUUCUUGCUCAUGUUGGCAUUAACCAGAGGCCGUUUAGGAAAGGCAUGCUUUUCUUUUGGCGGGAGACCAGAUGUGAAGUCCGCUGCACGUAUCGUCCUUCGAGAUUGGAAUACAGGCAAGAUCCUAUAUCAUACAGAGCCACCGAAAGUACAUCCGUCCUCCAAACCUUCAGACGCACCUGUGCAAGCACAUCGAGGUACAACUGUAUCAACUGAUGUCGGUCAAGCAUCUAUCGUGAAGGAGUGGAGCGCUCCCUUCGAUCUUGCCGGGCUAUUCAAUGACGCGGACAAGGAGGUGUUCGGAAAUCAAACUCAGUGGCCAGAGUAUGGGUUUAUGACGAAAGAGAAAACAUCUGUUUCCUUGGAAGAGAAGCCGCAGCCCGGAAUAUUAUGUCCUUCAGAACGAAAACGUGCACGUUCAGCAUCUAUUUCUUCUGAAGAGGAUGUGGAUGUUCGACUACAAAGUAAAUCCAUGCUGCUCAUCCAGCCCGCAAUGAAGCGCCUGAAGCUUGGGGAAGAACGGAAAUUCCGCAUCGACGCGCACGAGAUCUCCACUCUGGGGUCAUCGAAUCCGUUAAACCGAGCCAGGCUACGCAAAGCUCUAAAGCAGGCGAAGAAAAAUGAAGCAACAAGCCGAUUUGGUAAAUUUGCGCUUGCAGAUAAGUUGAGUGGCCUCGAGAUGGCUCAGUAGCAUAUCCCCAGGAAAGCUCCACAGGUUAAUCUCCGAUGUCAGAUGGAUGUUGCAUCAUUUACAGACUCCUUGGUGCUGGAUCAUGUAACAGAGUUAUAAGGAUGACCGCGGCAAUUAUUCCCUACGACAGAGACCAUUACAUCGGCCUCCGUGUGCGACAGUCAAGAUGUCGGGUUUCGCUUUUCUCGCCCGGCAUCAGGAUCAACGCGUUUGAAGGAUGAUGCCUUCGCCAUGGGAUCCAUACCGGCGGUGAAGGCUCGUUGUGUUGCGUCAAUAUAGUCCUCAUGAUUAUAAUGUUUGUUGGUUUUGAUUUGAACACCGCUGUCGGAAAUGUGUACUCCUCGGCUGCGAAGAUCGUUCCGCGUUUUCUCGAUGGUGACCGAGAUAGUGCGGAAGAUGUAGAUAGCCCCGACAACCACGCCUACUACUAGAGAAGUCAUCACCAGAGAGCCAAUGAACUCAAUCCAAGAGGAUUCCAUUGCCCUAAAGUCCAGGUGCUAUGCGUGGAAAUUGGGUGGUCAGCGAGAAGU